GUGUCCAAUGUCUCGGUCCCCAACCAGACGUUUGCCGAGGCCGUGGCGCUGCCCGGGCUGGCUUUUGCCGCCGCCCGUUUCGAUGGCGUCCUGGGCCUGGCGUUCCCCGCGGCCUCGGCGGGGCCGGCGCGCCCCGUGUUCGACAACAUGAUGGAGCAGGGAAUGUUCCGGAACAACGUCUUCUCCUUCCACCUGCGCAGCGGGGCCUCGGAGGGCGAUGGGGGGGAGCUGCUUUUGGGGGGCAUCAACGAGGGGCUCUUCGAGGGACCCCUGCACUACAUCCCCGUGUCCCGAAAGAGCUACUGGCAGGUGCACAUGGACAGCCCGGUGUGUGUCAGUGGCUUCAUGGCCCUGGAUGUCCCCCCGCCCUCGGGUCCCCUCUGGAUCCUUGGGGACGUUUUCCUCGCCCAGUUCUACGCCGUCUUCGACCGUGACCACGACCGGGUGGGGCUGGCACCCAGCAAGUGA